CCCUUUAACCACACGGACUGCUGGGAUAUCGGAGGACUGUACAGUGGCGGUGUGAUGGCUGCUGUGCUGUAGGUUGGAAGCGAGUGUUAAUUAUACAGUUCCUUAACAACAACUACAAUUGAGUCAGGAUUAGGGUGCCAAAGGCAGUGCAGGGUGCCAGCAUGUGGCACGAAGCCCGGAAGCAUGAGCGAAAGCUGCGUGGGAUGAUGGUGGAUUAUAAGAGACGGGCUGAGCGCCGCAGGGAGUUCUAUGAGAAAAUUAAAAAGGACCCCGCGCAGUUCCUGCAGGUCCAUGGGCGGGCCUAUAAAAUCCACCUGGACUCUGCAGUGGCCCUGGCUGCUGAGAGCCCGGUCAACAUGAUGCCUUGGCAAGGGGAUGCAAACAACAUGAUAGACCGCUUUGAUGUCCGAGCGCACCUGGAUUACAUCCCCAAAUACACUCCACCUCUCAUAAGUACUGUGAGCUCGGAGCAGGAGUCGGACGAGAGGAAGUGUAACUAUGAGAGAUACAGAGGGCUGGUGCAGAACGACUUUGCUAGCAUCUCUGAGGAGCAGUGUCUGUACCAGAUCUACAUGGAUGAGCUCUACGGGGGGCUGCAGAAACCCAACGAGGAGGAGAAGAAGAAGCUGGCUGAGAAGAAGGUGUCAAUUGGGUAUACCUAUGAGGACAGCACUGUGACUGAGGCAGACAGCCCAUCUGAUAAGGGGGAGGACGAGGACUCGGACAACAGCGAGACAGACGAGGACGAAGAAAUCCCAGACAUCGAUGUGGAGGUGGAUGUGGAUGAGUUGGCUGAGGAGCAGGUGCUGGAAGUGAACAAGCUGGCCACCUCCUACGGCAUGGCAGAGGGAGACUUUGUCAGAAUGCUUCGGAAAGACAAACAGGAGGUUGAAGCAAUAAAACACGCUAAAGCCCUGGAGGAGGAGAAAGCCAUGUACUCAGGUCGGCGGUCCCGUAGACAGAGACGGGAGUUCAGAGAGAAGAGGCUGAAAGGCAGGCAGAUCAGCCCCCCCAGCUAUGCCAGAAGAGACAGCCCGACCUACGAUCCCUAUAAAAGGUGA